GCUCCGGGAUCACCGGAACUGCUUCUGUCCAUGGCACUGACGGCCUGGAAACAUCCAUCUAGGAACCUCCACCAUGGAAGCGGAACCGGAUCCUUUCUCCCUGCCCCUUCCCGAGGGUGCUGAGGCCGAAGCCGAGGAAGAGCCAGACGAGGAGGAAGAGUCCUGUGGGCUGCAGGCAACCGUUGCCAUGGGCAGCAGGAGGAGCCGGGAGGAUGCAGGAGCAUCCCCAGAGCAUCCCAAUGCAUCCCCAUCCAACCUGGGAGCAGGGGAAGAGCCAGGACCUUCCCGUGGGAAGCGGCUGCGGUUGGUCUGGAGCCGGGAGCUGGAGGAAGGCACCCGGAGCAGUGAGGAUGAUGAUGGUGAUGAUGGUGAUGGUGAGAGCGGCUCCAUCACCCCCCACCCCAAAGGGGACCUGGUGCAGCUGAUUGACGAGCGCGGCAUCUACUCCACGGCCAAACUGGUUCUGGAGGAGCCGUCGUCCCCAUCCCCCGGUGAGCUGGAGAUCCGCGAGGUCAUCGUGGACGAGAAGCCCUUUCAGUGCCCGCUGUGCGCCAAGGCCUUCAAGCGGGCGUGGGAGCUGCUGAGCCACGAGGUGGUUCACACCGAGGAGCGCCCGUUCCGCUGCGGCCUGUGCCCGGCCUCCUUCAAGCGCCACUCGGACUUCAAGAGCCACGCGCUGGUGCACACGGAGGAGCGGCCGUUCCGCUGCGAGCGCUGCGGGAAGCGCUUCAAGCGCUCGUCCAACCUGCAGGAGCACCGGCGCAUCCACAGCGGCGCGCGGCCCUUCCCCUGCGCGCGCUGCGCCAAGCGCUUCAAGAGCCCCUACGAGCUCCAGCGCCACGCGCUCACCCACGGCGCCGACCGGCCCUACAAGUGCCCGGCCUGCGCCAAGGCCUUCCCCACGUCCAACGCGCUGCUGCUGCACCAGCGCCAGCACUGCGACGACAAGCCCCACGCCUGCGGCGUCUGCGGCAAGCGCUUCACCUACGGCCACAGCCUCAAGGUGCACGAGCGGGUGCACACGGGCGACCGGCCCUUCGCCUGCGCGCUCUGCGGCAAGGCCUUCAAGCAGUCCAACGCGCUGGCCUCGCACGAGCGGGUGCACACGGGCGAGCGCCCCUUCGCCUGCCCCACCUGCGGCAAGGCCUUCAAGCAGUCCUCCUACCUGGUGAUCCACCAGCGGGCGCACACGGGCGAGCGGCCCUACAAGUGCGAGGCCUGCGGCAAGGCCUUCGCGCGGCCGUCGCUGCUGCUGCAGCAUCACCGCGUGCACAGCCAGGAGCGGCCCCAUCGCUGCAGCUUCUGCCACAAGCACUUCAAGGACCUGGCUUACCUGGCGGUGCACGAGAAGGUGCACACGGGAGAGACGCCCUACAAGUGUGGCGCCUGCGGGAAGGGCUUCGCGCACCCCUCCAACCUGCUGCAGCACCAGCGCGUGCACCGCGAUGGCUGAGGGUGAUGGUGACGGCACCGGGUGCUGGAGAGCAGGGGCUUUGGCAUCACCUCGUGGAACACUGCCGGAGCAUCACUUCAUGGGCCCCAUAACUGCAUCACUUCAUGGACCCUAUAAGAGCAUUGCCUCAUGGGCCCCAUAAGAGCAUCACCUCAUGGACCCCAUAGAACAAGGGGUAGGCAUUGCCUCAUGGACUCCAUAGAGCAUCACUUUCUGGGCCCCAUAACAGCAUCACUUCAUCGACCCUAUAAGAGCAUCACCUCAUGGACCCCAUAAGAGCAUCACCUCAUGGACCCCAUAAGGGCAUGGGGCAGGCAUUGCCUUGUGGAGCCCCAUAGAGCAUGGGUUUGGCAUCACCUUGUGGACCACUGCCAGAGCAUCGCCUCCUGGACCCCAUAACUGCAUCACUUCAUGGACCCUGUAAAAGCAUCACCUCAUGCACCCCAUAGAACAUGGAGUAGGCAUCAUCUCAUGGACUCCAUAGAGCAUUACUUCCUGGGCCCCAUAACAGCAUCACCUCAUGGACCCCAUAGAGCAUCACCUCAUGGACCCCGUAAGAGCAUCACCUCAUGGACCACCAUAAGGGCAUGGGUCAGGCAUUGCCUUGUAGAGCCCCAUAGAGCAUGGGUUUGGCAUCGCUUCGUGGACCACUGCCGGAGCAUCACCUCCUGGACCCCAUAAGAGCAUCACCUCAUGGACCACCAUAAGGACAUGGGGUAGGCAUUGCCUCAUGGAGCCCCAUAGAGCAUGGGUUUGGCAUCACCUUAUGGAACCCCAUAGAACAUGGCGUAGGCAUUGCCUCAUGGACUCCAUAGAGCAUCGCUUCAUAGACCCCAUAAGAGCAUCACCUCAUGGACCCCGUAAGAGCAUCACCUCAUGGACCCCAUAAGGGCAUGGGGCAGGCAUUGCCUUGUGGAGCCCCAUAGAGCCUGGGUUUGGCAUUGCCUCGUGGACCACUGCCGGAGCAUCACCUCCUGGACCCCAUAAGAGCAUCACCUCAUGGACCCUGUAAGAGCAUCACCUCAUGGACCACCAUAAGGGCAUGGGGUAGGCAUUGCCUCAUGGAGCCCCAUAGAGCAUAGGUUUCACGUCGUCUCCUGGAACCAUCAUAAGAGCAUCACCUCGUGGACCACUGCCAGAGCAUCGCCUCCUGGACGCCAUAAGAGCAUCACCUCAUGGACCCCAUAGAACAAGGGGUAGGCAUUGCCUCAUGGACUCCAUAGAACAUGGGUUUGGCAUCACCUUAUGGAACCCGAUAAGAGCAUCACCUCAUGGACCACCAUAAGGGGAUGGGGUAGACAUUGCCUCAUGGGCCCCAUAAGGAUCACCAUAAGGGCAUGGGGCAGACAUUGCAUCAUGGAGCCCCAUAGAGCAUGUGUUUGGCAUCACCACAGGGAGCCAUUGUAAGAGCAUCGCCUCCUGGGCCCCAUAGAACAUGGGGUAGACAUUGCCUCAUGGACUUCAUAGAUCAAGGGGUAGGUGUUGCCUCAUGGACUCCAUAGAGCAUCACCUCAUGGACCCCAUAAAAGCAUCACCUCAUGGACCACCAUAAGGGCAUGGGGUAGGCAUUGCCUCAUGGAGCCCCAUAGAGCCUGGGUUUGGCAUCACCCCAUGGACCCCCACAAGAGCAUCACCCCAUGGACCCAAUAAGAGCACCACCCCAUGGACCCUAUAAGAGCAUCACCCCAUGGACCCCAUAAGAGCAUCACCCCAUGGACCCCUAUAAGAGCAUGGCAGAGGCAUUGCCUCCAUAAAGCUGCUGUCCUCCUCCGGAGUGCUUUUCCCAAAGCUGGAGCUGCCUCCAUACGGGAUGAUCCCAUCAGGACCUGAGGAUGGGGGGGCUGGAAGCUCCAUGGACAUUCCUGGGUUCUGGGGGUGGGAGCUGCCCCAUUGCUGCAGGCAAUGGAAGGGACCAUGGGGCAGAGUGAGGAGUGCCCCAUCCGUGUCUCCUGCUGCUGAUCCCAAUCCAUCCCCUUCUCCAUCCCCAUCCCAAUCCAGAUGUGCUCCAGCACCAGCAUCUGGAGCAGCCCUUGCUGGGGGGGGCACACGGACCUUGGCCUAUGAUGUCCCAUGGACAGAUCCCAGAUCCAUGUCCUAUUCCAUCCAGUCCCUGUAGU